UUAUCUGACGUCAGGAAAAUUUUCUCCUAGAAAUUACUUUGCGUGUCACUCGUCGUGUACACGUCAGUCCUCUUGGAGACAUUUCCACCGAGUGUUGGAGGGUGAAAUAACCCGUGACGAGCCAUUGUUGGAGGAGUUUGGUGUUGUGGAGAAUUUGUGCUGCCAGGGAAGUGGUCGCCAUUUUAAGCUCAGCAGUGAACUUGUGGACGCUGGGAUUUUUGACGGGGAAUUUUGUCGGUUUUCUUGUGUCUUCUACUGCCUGAGGAGUGGUCAUGGAAGGGAUUAACUUGGAGAGAAUCGGGCGCACCUUCACGGAAAACCUGGAAGCUCCUGUGAGAAAGCACCUCAAGAAUGUGUAUGCUACCUUCACACUAGCCACCAUUGCAGCCUCAGCAGGUGGCUAUGCUCACAUGUUCAGUACCCUCAUUGGAGCUGGUCUGCUUACUGGCUUGGGAGCCAUUGGAGCUCUGAUCUGGCUCACAUUGACACCCUAUGAUGGCAAGAACCAACUCCAGCGUCUCUCUCUCCUUGGCACCUUUGCAUUCCUUUCUGGCUGCAACCUUGGACCCCUGCUUGACCUGGCUGUUGCAGUGAACCCUACAUUGAUUCUUCAAGCAUUGCUAGGAACAAGUGUGGUGUUUGCCUGCUUCUCCCUGUCUGCCUUGUUUGCUCCUCGAGGUCACUUCCUGUACCUGGGUGGCACUCUGCUGUCUGCACUCUCCACCCUCUUUUGGCUCUCGCUCCUCAACAUUUUCUUUGGUUCCCGGCUCCUCUUCCAGGUUCACUUGUACAUUGGCCUGGCUGUCAUGUGUGCCUUCAUUGUUUAUGAUACCCAGCACAUCUUAGAGAAAGUCAGGGCUGGAGACAGGGAUUACGUUAUGCACAGUGUAGAGCUCUUCAUUGAUUUCAUUGGAGUGUUCAAGCGCCUUCUCAUCAUCCUUACAGACAAAGAGGCCCAGAGUAAGAGGAGGAGGAGGGAUUAAUACUUCAGCUAGUCAUAACGUAAGCAGUAGCCAUAUCUUUGUUUGCAACACUGAUGUUUGAGGAUUGAAAGGGUGUAAAUUUAGAAGUUUUGUAUGUGGGGUCAAAACAUGCUGUUAAGGUGUUAGGUUUAAGAAUUCGGUGUCCUUCGCUUUGUGCAAAACAUGCUUUCCAGGCCCACGGCACACGAGCGACAUCACAUCAAGCUAACAGUUUAACAUGUAAUACAUAGGGGUACGUUCAAACACAUUGCUAAUUCUACAUUUCUUGACAUGGGGGGGCCCCCCCCCCAAAUUACUGCAUAUUAGUUGUACAUGGUCAGGGAGAUGUCUCAAAUGAGAGGAUUGGUUAAUAUUCUGUAAAAGGGAAAUCCAUGUAGCAGUAAGCUAAAUUUUGGCUUGAUGGAAAUUUUAAAUGUUCUUUGACAAAAAAAAAAAAAUUGCUAGAUUUAUUUUUGAAUUGUACAGUGUUUGUAGUACAUGAUGUAGAUAAGUUUGUACAAUGGAAC